AUGGCCAACUUUUUUGUGAAGUUAUGGGAAAGUGUGUUUGAACCAGGGACCUCCCCCCAGUUGAUUAUCGCCACACACGUAUCAUUUGUUGCGUUGCUGCUGACCCUAUUGUGGCUCAUUUACGCCACAAACGGUAACAUCCACUUCUACAUUCUGUUCGGUAUAUCACUUUUGCUCUGGGUCACCGUUAUCUGGUUUAUAAGCGAAUUGUCACAGGUCAAGUUGAGGGAUAAUGAUGAACUGGAUAAGGAUGCCAAUAAGAAGGACGAAGUCGUCACGAAAAACGACGCCGAAGGUAAGCAAGAAAAGGGAAACACCACAAGUAGUGCCAAACCCACUCAAACGCAUUCCAGGUCGAGAAAAGCAUAG